AUGUUAUACAUUCCCGGUCUGGUGGCGAUCAUCAUUUUCUAUCUGCUGAUCCUGCUUGUCGGAUUCUGGGCAGCACGCAAAUCACGAAAGAAUGGUGAAAAUGUGACCGAAACAGAGGAUGUCAUGUUGGCCGGUCGGAAUAUCGGGUUACUGGUUGGUAUUUUCACUAUGACUGGUAAGUUAUUAGGGGUAGAAAACGUUUCUGAUGCUCCAGAGUAUGCCAUGUCCGAUGAACGAACAGAGUAA